CCGGAGGCCUUGGUCGCGAGGUCCCGUUGGCGAGGGCCGGCUGGGAGAAAGGCUCCAAUCCAAGACCGGCUCUGGCAGACAGUCGGGCGUGAAAGCGCGGCCACGUGGCACCGCUCUGCCUGCCUCCUCUUCCUCCGCCGCCGCCUCCGCCGCCGCCCGGCGGGUGAACGCGCCGCCCAGCGCAGUCGUUGCACCGCCACUAGCCGCAGCACCCGCUCCGCUCAGCACAGCAGAGCAUCUCAGCGCUUCAACAUGACGCCGUCGGGCCAGACGCCGCUUCUGCUGCUCCUCUUGGGUGUGGGGCUGGCGGCGACUUUUGCGAAAGCGGCGGAAAAUCUCGAAGUCACACACAAGGUCUGGUUUGAUAUUGAAAUUGGUGGAAACCCUGAGGGAAGAAUUGAAAUUGGAUUGUUCGGCAAAACGGUGCCGAAGACCGUAAAGAACUUCUUUGAACUAGCGAAAAAGCCUGAAGGUGAAGGGUACAAGAAGAGCAAAUUCCAUCGAGUUAUUCCCAGAUUCAUGAUUCAAGGAGGCGAUUUCACGAGAGGAGAUGGUACUGGAGGCAGGAGUAUUUACGGUGAAAAGUUCGCUGAUGAGAACUUUGAUCUCAAGCAUUACGGCGCUGGUUGGCUCUCAAUGGCGAAUGCCGGCAAAGACACUAACGGUUCUCAGUUCUUUAUCACAGCGAAGGCUACUCCGUGGCUGGAUGGACGUCAUGUUGUUUUCGGCAAAGUAAUUCGAGGGAUGGACGUGUUCCGCAAAAUCGAAAGCCAGAGGACCAAUUCUGGUGAUCGGCCCCUGAAAGAUGUCGUCAUUGCCGACAGUGGGGCGGAAGUGGUCUCUACUCCCUUCCAAGUUACUAAAGACGACGCUACAGAAUAAUGUUGUGUUUAACGUAUUGUUGAAAUAACGAUAAAUGAAGUAACACAUUAUGUUACAAAUAAUAAGUUUGGGACACAAUCCCUCACUCUCUGAAGUAAGUUAACUUAUUGUUUAGUCCGUAUAUCCAGAAUUACAACACUUCGUACAAUUUGUAAAAACUACGAUUGGAAUAAGUUAAUAAACAAAUGUGAAUUUAUUUUUUACGAC